AUGAAGAUUCUUUUCCAUGCCUUGGCACUGCCACUGGCCUUUCACUUACUGUCUCUCGCCCACGCCAUACCCAGUCCCGAAGCUGCUCAUGGCGGCUCUUCCCAAGCCACCAACACCACCGAUGAUGCCAUGACCAUCACCCCACGUCAAUCCUCCUGCCUUUCAACCGGCACACAGUCGACCAUCAACGCCCUGUUCUCCUCCGGUGGUGCCAACACCAUCGUCUCACUCUGCCCGGGAGUAACCAUUCCCAUCACCGCCCCCAUCGUCUUCACUGCUCCGGGACAGGAACUAUCCACCCAGGGUUACCCAACCGAUUCCACCCGGGCCACCAUCCUCAUUCAGCCAGGCAGCACCGUCACUUCAGCCAUCCGCGGUAACUGGCAAAACAACGUCAAGGUGCUCAACAUCCAGGUAGACGGCAACCGGCCCAAUGCCGGCUACUUGGGGGGUGAUGCCCUCCUGGAAAUGGGUGGCGGUACCGAGGGCCAGACGGUCAGUCACACGGUGGUCAAGAACACGCGCAGCUGGAGCUGCGUGCACUUCAUCGGGAGUGGGCAGGAGGACAAUCCUUGCCGGCAGGCGACGGUCACUUUCAACGAGGUUGGGCCGUGCGGACACGAAGGGACGGAUUCGGCGACGGGAAAUGGCCUGUGGGCGGAUGGGUUGAGUAUUGAGUGCAUGGAUACGAUGGUGACUGAUAAUACUAUCACAGGUGCCACAGACGGCGGCAUCGUAAUCUUCGGCUCCCCCGGCUCCCAAUUCCUCCGCAACACCAUCAUCUCCUCCUCCUCCUCCGGCCUGCAAUUCGGCGGUAUCAACAUGGUCGACCCCACCUGGUCAGGCAACUACUCGGGCGUCGUCGUCUCCGCCAACACCAUCACCGGCGGGCCAGGUAGCUUCAUCAACUUGGGAAUCGGCAUGGGCUCCCAAGUCUGGAGCAACCCGCACCCGGAAACCAAUUUCGGACAGGUCACCGUCACCAACAAUGUGUUUACCGGCAACGUCGGCUUCUCCAUCGUCAUGAACGGCUGGCUAGGUGGUCUCACGGUGACGGGUAAUUCGGUCAGCGGGGUGACAACCCCUUCAUCGUCUUUCGCCUCGGCGUCAGGGUGUGGAGCGGUGCAGCAAGCUGCUUUUGCGGAUUCGAAGCAGUUGGUGUAUUACCCGGCUGGCGUGACGGGGUCGUCGGGCCCAAAUGUUAUACAGGCGCAGUUUACUGCACUGUCGACAAAUGCGUCGAAUUGGCUUUGCCUAACGAAUCCGGCGCCGCCGCUGCCGGACACGGAAUCCUUUUUGCCAAACACGCUGUCUGUUGAUGCGUCGACUUCAAGGGUGGUUUCGCUGAGGGACUUUCAUGUGCAGGUGCAGGGUGACGGGAACGUGGUUGGGAUUGACACGACGGGAGGCGUGUGGACGGUCAAGUGGGCGAGCAGUCGGUUCUCGUCGGCUUGUGGGCCGGAUGGAUCGCAGUGUUUGCUUGCCUUUGGGAUUGACGGAAACUUUGUCAUGUAUGAUGGGAACGGACCGCUUUGGGCGUCGGGAACAGAUGGCAGUGGGCAGCUGUUGACGUUCUUGAGGGAGGCGCCGUGGGUGACCGUUACGGGCGGCAAUGGACAGACAUUGUGGACUAUUGGGAAUUUGUAGCGGCUGAGGUGAAAGUGCCCUCUGUCCAUUGCGGGCACAAUACAGCAUUACCAGUCUCUUGUAUUGAUGCCAG